UCGACAGUAGGAAUCGCCGGAAGCCCCGUGGAGUAGCAGCAGCAGCAGCAUGUCGACAAGUGGUCCCGCGGCGGCUUCCUCUGCCCCUGGCAGCAGCCGGCUUCAGCACGCUCAGCACCAAGUCAAUGAGGUGGUGGAUAUAAUGAGAGUCAAUGUGGACAAGGUUUUGGAAAGCGAUCAAAAGCUCUCCGAGCUGGAUGACCAUGCAGAUGCCUUGCAAGCGGGAGCUGCCCCAUUUGAGACGAAUGCUGCCAAGCUGAAAAGGAAGUACUGGUGGAAGAACUGCAAGAUGUGGGCCAUUCUGAUGGCGGUGGUGAUUGUCCUCUUAAUCAUCAUCAUUGGUCUCCCCGUCUGA